ACUGAGUUUAAUUUUCGUCUAGCAAACCAGCACAUCGACAUCGAACACUGCAUCGGAGUUGUAAAGGGGCGGUUCCCAAUUUUGAGCGAGUGCGGAGUUUAUUUGCUGAAUGAGGACGACAUCAUUCGCGUUUGCAAGAUCCAGUGUGUGUGUUUCGCACAACAUAAUAUGUGCAUC